AACACACCAAGUGUAGUGUUGUAUUGCAUAAAUAAUUCUGUGGAGCCAGUCACUGAGAACACUCCCGAUCGCCUAGCCGAAAUUCAUAUUUCCUCGAGCCGAACUUUUUAGACGUUGCAUCUGAAAGAUUCUGUGUCUGAAAUGUCACAAACAUUGAGCACCCCCGCUCUGCCCAUUUGGCUGAAUUAAAAGCCAUCACUACAGAGCGUGAACUGGUUAAGAGUAGAAUUGCUGAUAUAUAGAUACUGCGUAUGCCCGUGGAUUGUGUCAGCUGUUUGGAACUGUUUGAAAACAAGGAGGUUUUAGUAAAAGCGUCGGAACGCCACAUUAACGCACCGAGCAAAUAGUGUAAUUAAAUUCUGAUUGUACCUACUGCACUUCUCACUGUAUGAAUUUCAUACGCGCACGGAUUUAACCAGUGCGCGAGGGGAAAUUAUGGCGAAGAUAAAACAGCAAGGGUACUGGUCUGUGUACUUGCAGGCAGAGUGUGAAAUUUGUUCUCCAAACAAUGUCAGAAAGGGAACAGCAGCACCAAUAGGGCACAUAUCAAUGCCAGAAGGGCCGGUUAAGCACUUGGUGAUAGACAGAUGGAGGGAGGCAACACCAUCCACAGACCAAACCGGAGGAAAAGUGGUUACAUUUUUGACCAGAGUGGUAAUUCCUAGAUUUGGCACACGUCUCAGAUUAGCUCUGACAAUGGCUUCGCCUUUGUUUAAAAAACAGUGUUAGAGUAACUGUGAAGAAAGUAAAAUUUCGAUGUGUUUAUCAACCUCAGUCACAGGGAAUAGUGGAAAAGGUAAAGCUAAACCUUUUAAAGCUAACACUGAGAAAUAUGCAUCUAACACCGCAUGAGAUGCUUACGGGUCGACCCGUGUCUGUGCCAUAUCUGAGAGGUCCAUAUGAAGGACUGCCGCUGGAGUAACAGAUGGAACUAAGAGCGUAUAUGAGAUAACUAACUGCGAUGUAUGAAGUUAUCUAUUCACAGGAACAGAGCUGGGGACUGAGAGAGGAGACAGAAGUUCCUUGUCCAGUGACUCCUGGAGAACAGGUGUACCUAGGGGUGUUCCAGCCCAGAAGGGAAGGGCCGUACAAAUUGAGCACCUAGAUUAAGACCUAGGAGAAAGGAAGCUCGGGGGAUCAAAAGGGGACGAUCCAGUGGCUGACAUCUCAGAAGAAAGAACAAGCCAAGACGUGAGAGAGGGUCUAAAUGAAGGUAGUGGAGAACCAAUGGCAAAGAAGACGUUCAGUCAGGGGUUGUACCAACAGAGCAAGAGGAAUGAACGGCCCCUACUGCUGAGAGCGGUUCUGAUGAGCCUGAUACACCUGCUGCAGGAGAAAGAGGCCCAAAAGCAGACGUCCCUUCCAGGACAACCUUUCCACAACUGACUCUUCAGCCCUGAACGAGAGCUGAAUGAGACAAUCAGUAAGCCAGAGGGGAUCUCUGAUCAGCUGCAGGGGGAUGAAACCGAUUCCAGUUCCUCAAGUGAGGAUGAAGAAGAAGUUUGAUGAACCAUGCCCUGGGUGUAAGUACUAGCUUGACUUCUCCCCAAGGGAGACCCCCUGCGAUACGCAAAGUAUCUGCGUCGAAGACAAACAUUGUUAAGACAUCCCCUGAGAAAGGAUGUCAUGGAUUUGUUAUUUUUCUGCUCUUUCCACUUUUUCCAUUUAAAUAUAAUCAAGUGUGAUUAGAGACAGAGUGAUCCCGGUCUGAUUUAUCAUUGCAAUCAAGCUGAGAAAAUUGUUUUGUAUUCAUGUUUAUCAGUCUAUACUUGUAUCAGCUAUAUGUGCUUAGUGAACUCUGUACUCUACAUAACCGUGACAACCACGGGCAAGUGCUGAACCAAAUGCAUGCUCACGCUUACAAACACUGUCUCGAUUUUUAUGGUUAGGGAAAGGGAGACAGAAUCUUUGACACUUUUCUAGACAAUGGGAGAGGAGAUGUUUGUUUCUGGUCUCCCCAUGAGAGUGGUCUCAGGAUUUGGUCGUUGGUAGAUGGCUGACGUGAUCAUUCAUUGAUCACUAGUUAGUGUUGAAGAAGGGACUGGAUUGUGAGAUUACUCUCUUGAGGUAGGUGGGAAUUAGUACGUCCCAGAGGAGAGAAUUAUAUAGGAUAUAAAGCGUAAUCAAUGUGUGUAACUACAAAGUUUACAGAUGUUUGGAUAUGUUAAUAAGGUAUAAUCUGGUGUGUAUAGACAACAGUUAGAAUUAUUAGUGGGAAGCAUUAUCUAAACCCAUAGUACACUUGUUGAUCAAGUUAUAUUCUAAGUGUGUAUUAGUUAAGGCGAUGGAGAUUGGUUUGUUUCUAGAAAGAAAUGGUGAAAGCCCCGCCUAGGGAUAAUUUUACUGCUUCAGAGAGGUAUAUAACGACAUGUUUGUGUGUGUAUAAUUCAGACUUUCUGCAGACUGUCUCACUUUAUUGUUUCAGUAAAGUUUAUUUACGUUUCGUCAUCUACAAACCCUCUGUCUCUGAAGUUUUGUUUUUUUUUGACUUAGGCUUGAAAGAUUGUUUUCCACGACAGUCGUAGUGUUAGUAUUUAUUUUAUUUUAUGUUAUUUUAUUAUUUAUUUGUACAGCGUUUUUUGCAGUGGUCAUUGUCUCUAACCAGCUUUACAGAAAUAUAUAAACAUGGGAUACAGAUUUUAAAUGUGUUUAUCCCAAUUCAGCAAGCCGGUGGCGACGGCGGUGAGGAAAACUUCCUAAGAUGUUAAGUAUAAUAUUAGUAUUAAUAGUAUAGUAUAGUAUAAUAAUAAUAGUAGUUUUUUUUAUAUAAAUGAUUAUUAUUACUAUAAUUGCUGUUGUAUAUAUUUUUAAGAUUGUCUGAGGAAUAGCUGUGCUCUGGGUUCCCGUACAGAAGCUCACAUGAUUGUGGCUGCAGGUUUGGAGGCGAUCGAUAGAGGGCAGCAGCGCGCUUUUUUGUCUCUUCGACUUGUGCUGUAAAUCCCGCCCCCUGCACCAGGAUUGGUCCUUUUACUCAAAUCCUAUCCUCAUUGGCUAGCCUGAUUGGCGACUCCUCGGUGAGCGUGAACCUAUUGGCUUAUCCCAGCUCAUGGGGGCGGGACUUCGCUGAAUAUUUAUUAGCACCCGGUGUUUCGUCAUCACCAACACGGAAGUGCAUGUGUGUAAUAUGGUGGACAGCCGCAGACUGUCAGGUGACCGCGUGAAUCAGACUCUUUAUUCGGAUAAGCAGUGAGCCGGAUGGUGUAGCAGGAGCGGCGGAGCGUUGGGGUUAGCGGCGAGCAGCGGGAGAGAUGCGGAGUCAUGGCGAUCGUCGGUUCGUUGCUGAAGCUGCUGCAGCGGCAGACCUACACCUGUCUGUCCCACCGCUACGGGCUGUACCUGUGUUUCGGCGGGCUCGUGCUCAUGAUCGUGUCCGCCUUCCAGUUCGGAGAGGUGGUGCUGGAGUGGAGUCGGGAUCAGUAUCAUGUCCUGUUUGAUUCCUACAGAGACAAUGUGGCUGGUAAAUCCUUCCAGACCAGGCUGUGUUUGCCCAUGCCCAUUGACGUGGUGUACACGUGGGUGAACGGUACUGAUGCUGAUCUUCUGAAGGAUCUACACACCGUGAAACAACAGCUGGAAGAGGAGCAGAGAAAGCUAAGAGAGAAGCUGGGGCAGAACGCGAGCGACACCACUGAGGCGCCCAAAGGAAGGCCCGAGUGCCUGCUGUCGCACUGCAUCGUGGGUCCGGCUCUGGUGUUGGACCCGGCGUUGUCCUCUAACGUCUCGGUGAAGGAGCUGGCGUCUAAAUCCGGCGCGCUGUCCUCCACCAAGCAGCUCCUGCAGGCCGCCAAACCUCUCCAGCCGUCCAGCAGUGUGUCUGUGCUUCUCUUCCACUCGCAGAGUGAAGCGGAUAAAGCUCACUCGGACGCCCCGAAGGAGUUUCCGAAGCACUCCGUCUCCAGAGCGUAUCUGACGACAGAUAAAGAGGCUCCGGGUCUGGUGAGGGUUCAGACGCUGGCCUACCUGAGUGGCUUCCCGUCCUCCUUCAAAGACACCGAGCAGCUGAGGGUCAAACUGCCGUCUGUGCUGACGAGCAAAAUCAAACAGCUUCAGCUGUACUCCGAGGCCAGCAUCGCUCUCCUGCACCUGAACACAGCUCAGGACUUCGCAGAUCUCCAACAACAGGCCAAGAAGAACCUGACCGUGGACGGUAAAGAGCUCACCGUCAGUCCCGCGUACCUGUUCUGGGACCUCAGUGCUGUCUCGCAGUCGAAGCGGGACGAGGACGUGUCUGCCAGCCGCUUCGAGGACAACGAGGAGCUGCGCUAUUCGCUGCGCUCGGUGGAGAGACACGCCCCUUGGGUGCGACAUAUCUUUAUUGUGACCAAUGGGCAGAUCCCCUCCUGGCUAAACCUGGACAACCCCCGCGUUACUGUGGUUACCCAUGAGGAGAUCUUCCAGAACCAGUCCCAUCUGCCAACGUUUAGCUCUCCAGCCAUCGAAACACACAUCCAUCGGAUUCCAGGCCUCUCGCAGAAGUUUAUCUACCUCAACGAUGACGUGCUCUUUGGCAAGGACGUGUGGCCUGAUGAUUUCUACAGCCACUCGAAAGGCCAGAAGGUGUACCUGACCUGGCCUGUUCCUAAUUGUGCUGAGGGCUGCCCAGGCUCCUGGAUCAAAGAUGGCUAUUGCGACAAGGCGUGCAAUAAUUCUGCCUGUGACUGGGACGGUGGAGAUUGUCUAGGUGAGCGCGCCCUCUUGUUUUAUAACCUCUCUCCUCUCAGGUUCUUGGUCUUUUUCGAGAAGCUUUGUUUAACCAAACCUAACGAGAGUUAUUUUUCAGGUGGAGCAGGCAGCAGUCGUUUUGGGGGCGGGGCUGUUGGGGGAGUGGUGGGAGGAGCUGGACAGCCAUGGCAGUUUGCUGGUGGUUUAGGAGGCCUGGGCGGGGUGUCUUUCUGCAACCACGGCUGUGCCAACUCUUGGUUGGCCGAUAAGUUCUGUGACCAGGCGUGCAACGUGCUGGCCUGCGGGUUUGACGUGGGAGACUGCGGACCAGACCACUUCAGUAAGCUGCAUCGCGUUGUUCUGCAGAGGAACCAGACGCUCUACACCUUGCCUCAAGGCGAGCUACGUCCGUACUUCAGCUUUUCGUCUCUGGCCAAUCGGGUUUCAGAGGCACUGGUCAGCGACAACCCCGUGGUGCGCCACACGUCCGUCGCCAACAAGUGGAAAACGGUGCACCUGCUCCUGCUGGAGGGCUACAACGCCACCCAAAUCCACUACAACCUCACCUUCCAGGGCGAUCAGGACUUCACCAUGAGCUUUACUCUCGCAGUGGACACUCGCAAGCUUCCUAAACCGAACACGUCAGAAACGGUUUCCAAUAAAACGGAGGUCCAAAAUAACGACCCUGAGCCCACCAGGGCAAACCUGGAACCGGAGUUUGUGUUCUCGGACAUCCCGGUCGAGAAGCAAGGGCCUCGAGUGCAAAAAAAGCCCCCUGUAGGGUUCGACGCGGUCGUAGAGGUGCCUGUGCUGAACACAUCUCUUCUGCCUGAGGAAGUGAGGCACGAGCUGCAGAUGCUGGAUGAGAAGAUUCGACUAGGGGACAUCACCGAGAGAGGCUACAAUUUGACCAAAGCUAAAUUACUGAAGGCUUUCCAGAGAAAGCUUUCUGAGCUACAGGGAAACAACGGAGCGUUUAAGAAUCAGGAAGCAGCAGGGAAUAAACCAGAAGCCGGAGGUUCUCCCGUCCCGGUUAAGAUCGACAGCGCGCCUCUCCAAGAGCAGUCUCGAGCCACGGGCACGGAGAAACUCCCUCCCUCCAGACUGCUCGGGUCACUGGUAGGGAACCACGCCGAGCAGCAGCUUCACCACGGAGACGGGGAAGACGACGUCGUACAGCGUGUGGGCCGUAAGCUCCAACACUACCCGGGGAUCGAACGGAGCUUCCUGCCGUGGGAAAAGAGCAAAUAUUUCGAGGACCUUCUCAAGGAAGGGGAGCGGCUGGAGCGAGAGCUGAAGUACAAAACCGACGGCACGGCAACAGGACGGAGAUUGCAGGACACCUUUGCCGAUUCUCUUCGCCACGUUAACAAGCUCCUGAACGGCAAAUUUGGUUUCACGUCUCGCAAAGUGCCCGCGCACAUGCCGCACAUGAUCGACCGCCUCAUAAUGCAGGAGCUGCAGGACACCUUCCCUGAAGAGUUCGAUAAGACUUCCUUCCACCGUGUGCGCCACUCCGAGGACAUGCAGUUCGCCUUCUCUUAUUUCUAUUUUCUGAUGAGCGCUCUGCAGCAGCUCGACGUGUCGCAGGUCUUCGACGAGAUCGACACCGACCACUCGGGGGUGCUGUCUGACCGGGAAAUCCGCACGCUUGCGACUCGCAUCCACGAGCUCCCGCUCAGCCUACAGGACCUUACUGGUUUGGAGCAGAUGCUGAUAAACUGCUCAAAGACUCUGCCCGCUAAUCAGACCGAGCUCCACACGGUUAACCCCACCCAGGAGGCCUACUACGACCCCGGCAUGCCUCCAGUUACUAAAGGUCUGGUGAUUCACUGCAAGCCCAUCGCAGAGAAGAUUCAGAAAGCCUUCAAGGACCAGAACAAAUACAAGUUCGAGAUCAUGGGAGAGGAGGAGAUUGCUUUUAAAAUGGUACGAACCAACGUGUCACACGUGGUAGGCCAGCUGGAUGACAUCAGGAAAAACCCAAGGAAGUUCAUCUGCUUGAACGACAACAUCGACCACAGCCAUAAGGACGCCGGCACAGUGAAAGCCGUGCUGAAGGAUUUCUACGAGUCCAUGUUCCCGCUGCCGUCGCAGUUCGAGUUGCCACGCGAGUACCGCAACCGCUUCCUCCACAUGGCCGAGCUGCAGGAGUGGCGAAUAUAUCGGAACAAGUUGAAGUUCUGGACUCACUGCGUACUGGUCACGCUGGUCGUUUUCACAGUCCUCUCCUUCUUUGCGGAACAGCUGAUCGUGCUGAAGCGGUGGCUCUUCCCCAGGCGCAGGGUCAGCAAGCAGGCCGAACGUGUGUGACGCCGAGAGAGAGAGCGAACCUGGCCGGAGAGGCUGACACACUCCUCGUGUAGGGAUGUGGACUAACACCGUGCAGACUCUCUCUUUUUCUUUUCCUGCUGGAGGAGGAGGAAGAAAUCUCUUACCAAAGUUUAUGAUGACAAACUGAAUGACUGAGUAGGACGGUUGCAUGCUUCCUCCAUGUGAUGGUGUGUGUGUGUGUGUGUGUGUGUGUGUGUGUGUGUGUGUGUGUGUGUGUGUGUGUGUGAGUGGAGAUCACCUCAGACACUCCGUUUUGUGCGAUUGCUGUCUAAACUCAGUGGAAGACUGUCGACAUCUUUAAUGUCACACUGCAUUUAUUAUUUUUAUUUUUAUUUUUUAUUUUUAACCGAAGCCGUCUGGUCAUCCUGCAUACCAGUGCCUUCUUCUACCGAGAAGUGAAACGUGAGGGAUCAUCACAACUAAUCAUCGAUGCAUCGUCUCUCUCUCUCUGUCUUUUUUUCUUCUUCUUUUCCUAAGAAAAAUAAAAUGGCGUUCUUUCUGAUGCGUGUUAGCGAGGACUCGAGGUGAUUCCCGUGCUGUAGUCCUCUGCGUCUCCCUGUGACCGUCUGUGUUUUCAGACUUCUGGGCUACCCUCGCACGGCCGUCUAAACCUUUACCCUGAUGUCCGAGCACGUCCCCCAUCCCCAAAGUAUGAUUUUAAACUUGUAAUGUGAACUUUUCCGCGGUGAAGACGGUCGGUGAGGAAAUCUCUCCAGCUUCGGUCCUCGCUCUCACAGAGUCGGCGGAGUCUGUAGGAAAUGAUUUCAAACUCGUCGACCGUUCACUCCGAGUCCUCUCGCAAGCCAUGCAGAUCUAAAUACUGUGAGGGUUUUUUGUUGUUUUUUUUUUUUUUUAGAAAAAUUUAAAUGAGUUAAAACGGUUGGAAAAGUGUAAAAUGGACUGCAGGCAAAGCGAGGGUUUAUUUUUUUUUUAUUGUUUCAUUUAAAAUGUGAUUUGUGUGUGUGUGUGUGUGUGUGUGUGUGUGUGUGUGUGUGUUAAAUUUCCUUGUGUUCAGAAAUAAAAUGUAAUUUACAUCAA